UUUCAAGAGGAACCAAAUAAGACAUUUAUACCUGAAACUUGUAUAGUCAUUGAGUAUUGAGAGUUUUUCCCAUCACAAAGUUUUGAAUAUUGAUUUUCGUUCCAGAUUGGAUUCCCAUUCUCGAUUCGGCAGCGAACACUCGACAUGCCACAUCCAAGUUUAAGUUGCAGCAAGGCCACAAAAUUACCCACUACCAAAUCAUAAUGAGCACCAAAGUGGACAUAAAGAACUCGAAAAUAAAAUAAAAAAUGUUGAUGGAAUAUGUGGCAGGCUUACGUCAGUGAUACCAGUCGCUGGUUUCGAUGGUACGCCAGCCACAUCGUACAAAUGAUUGUGAAAGAUGUUGAAGCAUAUAACAAAUGGGGGCAUCUCAACUCGAGGUACCCGUCAAGAGAGUUCCAUCAUAAUGGAGCCCAGGUUGGACCAGGGACCCCACAGGUACAGGUCCCCAAACGCGAACAGUUCCAGGAUAUCGCAGCAGUACCCGCUGAAUGUUUCCCAGCUCCACUCUACGAACCUGGACACUUCCAAGCACUCCAUCUACAGCAACACCGUUCUACCCCCCGGAAACAAAUCCCUGAACGGGGGGUUGAACAUCUCCAGGGUGCGGAACCAAAGUACUGUGAAUAAGUUCAUCGCCAAAUCGAAGGAAGUGGGUGUCAAAGAGAUGCUAGUGAGUUUGGGAUUACUUUGUCUAGUAAGUUUGCUCUUGGCGUUGUUGUCGCUGAUUUUCCUCCUGAAGAUUUCGCCCGUGACGGCCAAUGAUAUCCGCGAACUAUUGAGGUCGGAACAGUUGACUGUGAUUACCGCUGAGGAGUACGUGGUGGUGUACGAAGUGACAUUGGCUUUGUGUGCCUUGACAUUAUCACUCAAUUUGUGUUGCCUGUUGGUGUGCGCCAUUCAGUUCUUGUUUGCUGUCAAGUUGGUCAAGAGUCCGCAGGGAGGCAGUGACAGGACUAAUAAGUACCUACAAAAGUCUUCAGUAAGCCGAGUUUGCGCCGUUGGAGGAUUCUUCAUUUCAAUACCGGUGUUUCUAACAGGUAUAAUCCUUUACACGUUCAUCCAGUUUCACUCCACCCCAGCGAUCGUUACAAGUGUCUUCAUCGGUCUGGGCAUUCUCUUCUGUGGAUGUGCGAUGGUCCACAACGUCUUCAUCUGGCAGCGAGAGAAAACUAACGCAGUGAAGGAGCUAGCACUGCAACAGCACGAAUCGAGUCAACACCACACCUCAUUCCACAGCCUGACGUCACCUCCUCCGACCCAACUCAACCACUCUCACGUCAGUACGUUCAACCACAGUAACCACAGUUUUGGACACCCUAUUGCUUCGGUACACAACGGCCCUUACAUUGUGAGACCGUCGACAACAACUCCACCUACUGGGGAAAGCUUGAAUCUUACCAAAAUGUCUCAUUUGCGGGAGGCUAGCGGCUCCAUUAGUCCUGGGAUGCCUACGGUCACCAUGGACCUGAGCAGUGUAGCUACCACGAAUUCACCACAUGAAUUGUCAACGCUGGUUUGAGAGAUGGAUUGUGAAAUUUCGAUGAGAGACUCUUUGAAUCGUGUCUCUAGUAGACUUGGAAACCUUUCAAGAUUUUUGGU